AUGGAGAAAGAAGAGGAACUCCUUUUGAAGAGUCUUGAUUGGAAAGGAAAAGGGCUAAUAAAAAGUGCAUAUGAUAUUGAAGCAAAUUCAAAUUCUCACCAAAGCAGUUCAGAUGAUGAAUUGUCAAAAGAUAGGAACAAAGAAGGCAGUCUUAGAUUUUACAAACCAAAGUAUAGCCAUAUAUUCUGUGAUAUGGAUGGAACAUUGCUGAACAGCAAAAGUCAAAUUUCUACUUCAACGGUCAAGGCUUUGAGAGAGGCCUCAGCAAGGGGUGUGAAAAUUGUGAUAGCCACUGGAAAAGCUCGUCCAGCUGUGAUAGAUAUUUUUAAGAGUGUGAAUUUAGCUGGAAAAUAUGGCAUUGUUUCAGAAUUUUCUCCUGGGUUUUCGUACAGAACAAGCGAUUGA